GCAGCAGGCGCGCCAUAUUUAAACAAACAAGCAUCAGCAGCUAGCUAGCGCUAACCAAAGAGUUAACUGCUAACCCCCACCUGCAUGACCUGAACGUUACUUCCUCAAUUUUCGCCUGGUACUUGUCAAUCUUUUAACUGCUUUUGGCUGAGAACGAUAUUAAACUAUGGCGACAGGAGACUUGAAGAACAAUUUAAGAUGUCUGCAGAGCAAGUUGAAACUCAUCAACUAUCCCAAGGAUAUGGACAUGAAAGGGAUUUCCAAAGGUUUAGCUCAAGAGUUUCUGCCUCUGUUACAUUAUAUCUUGUUGGAUUUCUCUCAUCCCAUGGCUGGACACAUCAUCAACAAUGACAUACAGCUCUAUGGCAAGAGUGAUGACAAAUUCUUGGCAGCUGUGUAUAAAGUUCUUCGAGACAUUUUUCACUACAAGCCCUCUAUCACUAGACAGCAGUUCUUCAGUCGCGGCUUUGCAGAGCACAAAAUCAUUCUAGUGGUUGAUUUGAUCCGAAUGGUGAAAGAGAAACACAAGGAAUUGUCCAAAGGUACAAUAGCGGCCAGAACUGUAUCAGGAAGCUGCGCCAGACUGCAAGGUACAGCCAGCCAAGAGCAAAUUGCAUCUAUCAGAUCAGUCGUUGACUCUGACCAGCCAAGGACCCCCGAUCUUUUAGCAGCAUCCACCAGUGAGACACCUGUCUUCCUACCUGCCAGUCAAGAAGCUUCUAAGGUCAUUGAGAAAGACACUGGCUACAAUACUGCCGAGACCUCACCAACCAGUAAGAUUGCUGAAGACCAGGGUGACGCAAGGAAAGCAUCAAUAUCAGUAAAUGAGCUGCGUGCUAAGUUUGAGAGCAGCAGUUUGCAAAAGCAAGAGAGUGUGGACAGUAAGCUGAGUGACAUGGAUAUCGAAGACAACCCAGUCAUACAGGCACUAGUUAAGCAGAUUGUUCAUUUGGAGGACCAGUUGACAGACAUGUCAGAGGAAAUAAAGGCAUGGAAGGUGCAGGUUGAGAAGACGCAGAGCGACAUGCAAGCACGUUUGGUUUUGAUGCAGAACAGCGUUACACUCCUGGAAAGCAAGUUGACAACUGAGGCAGCAGAAGCAAAGCCAGUUCGAUCGGCACUGACACAGGGCAUCGCCCAUGAUAUUACUAAGGCUUUACAGCAUCCAUUCCACAGACGACCAGAGGAUGUACCUCUUCCUGAUUCACCGGCCAUUCCGCGUACCCCCAACCAAACUCCUGCAGAUAAAACUCCGCAUUCUCCCCUAUCCAUUUCUGCUGUUAUCCCAGAGCAAGAUGUUCUGGCUGCAUGCAAGGUAGACCUCGAACCUGAGCACGAUGACAUUGCACAAGGGAUACCCCAGAGAUACCAACCCAAUGGGAGGCCCAUCUCUGUAGUUGGCCCUAUUCAGUCUCUGGUUAUCAGCAGCACUGAGUCUAAUGAUCCAGAUGUGGUCACCAUUCUUGGGGCCUCAAGUCGAAGUCCCGUGGACAUGAGAUGGAUUCAUCCCAGCUCGUCUACACCUAUCGAAAGCACUGCAGGCAAUCAAGGUAUGGAAACAGGUGUCAUGGCUGCCAUAGAACCGGGGGAAGAUCCAACAUCAAAUGACGAUGACAUAGACGAAGGACUUGUUGAUGUGGAAGACGGUGAUCUUGGAGACUACAUUGUGGAGUCCGUGAGAGAUUACAGCCAUGAAAUACAAGAAACUGGUGACAACAUAUCUGAGGCUAAUGAGGCAGAAGAGGUGAAUCUUGAGGAGGAAGAGAUUGACGAGGUAGCAGUCAGAGACAAAGGACAGGCAGAUGCAUCUGUGGACUUAAAGAAUGCAGCGAGUGUUUAUAGCCAAGUACAGAAAGUGCAAGACAUGUUGGUGAGCACUCAACAGAUGCUGGCCAUGAAUACUAGUCUGACCAAACCUUCCCCUGAAGAUGUCUAGAUUUACACAGUUGAAAAGAGAAAAGGUUCUGACCAGGCUAAUGGAAACAAAGCAAAAAGAAACCAAGUGUGCUAGCUAGACUCAAAGAAAUUAAUACAUGUAGACUUGGGCAAUGCUAAACUUUCUGCAAAGAAAGCACGCAAAUUGCAGAACAAAGUUUGGCAACGAAAGUUCAUUGGUGAAUAUGUUGUUAUAUGUACAUUUGAUUGGUUAAAGUUUUUCUGAAAAAAAUUAUGAUGGUAAGUUCUCUAAUUAGCAUCCAUGAUGUGGCCAUAAACUAAGAAAUCUUGUCGUAACUACUUCUAAAAAGACCAAUAGAUAUUGUUUUGUUUCUGAAAAAACAGAAAUCAUAAAACAAAUUCAACAGAAUUAGAAUUUAUGUUAAAACCACUUUAUUACAGUAAUAAGACGUGUAAACUAAAAUAACAGCAAAAACUGAAUCCCAGUAUUUGUUUUGAAGAUGGUCCAUUAUUAUCUUGUUAUAAAGAAAACUACAUUUCAA